AUGGCUCCCAUGAAGGCAACCAAGACCAUGAAAGCGAUGAAGGCUGCCAAGGCCAUGACCAAGGGGGGCAUCGUGAGUGAGCUGGCCUCGGCUACAGACAUGAAGAAGUCUGACGUGUCGCAGCUUCUUGGUCAGCUCUCUGAGAUCGGAGCAAAGGAGGUGAAAGCUACCGGCAAGUUUGUGAUCCCGGGGCUUUGCAUGAUCAAGACGCGCAAGAAGCCAGCCACCAAGGCGGGCAAGCGGAUGAUGUUCGGCAAAGAGGUGGCCAUCAAGGCUCAGCCUGCGAAAACAGUCGUCAAGGCUGCCAAGGCCAUGACCAAGGGGGGCAUCGUGAGUGAGCUGGCCUCGGCUACAGACAUGAAGAAGUCUGACGUGUCGCAGCUUCUUGGUCAGCUCUCUGAGAUCGGAGCGAAGGAGGUGAAAGCUACCGGCAAGUUUGUGAUCCCGGGGCUUUGCAUGAUCAAGACGCGCAAGAAGCCAGCCACCAAGGCGGGCAAGCGGAUGAUGUUCCUCACAUGGUUCGGCAAAGAGGUGGCCAUCAAGGCUCAGCCUGCGAAAACAGUCGUCAAGGCAUUCGCAGUUUCAGCUCUGAAGAAGCAGAUCUAA